AUGCCAAAAUCGAAAAAGAUGCUCAUUGCACCCACUUCGGCCUAUCUAGGUCGAGACAGAGCAGUUACCCCCACUGCAGACUUCGACGCGGCGUCCCCACCGACCCCAGCACCUUCGCCUACACCGUCAUACCGAGUGUCACAAAACGGCGAGUCACGGUCGACGAACACGCCAGGUGACGGACUACGACAACUCAUUACAACCUUUGACAAAGUCUACUCUCGACUGUCGCAUGAACACAAGCAGCGCUUCUUUGAUCACAUUCUUUCCAAAUCGCACCACCAGGAACUGUCGUAUCUCAGCGAGGCCGUUGUUCCUCUGCUGAAGCGAGACCCCUUCAGAAUGCUACCCUAUGAGAUUUCGCUGCGAAUCCUCAGCUACGUUGACGACCCUAAGACACUCGGUAAGGCAAGUCAGGUCAGUCGGCUGUGGCAUCUGAUUCUGAGCGACGACCAGACGUGGAAAACCCUGUGUGAACGACACCAGUACAGACGUCUCAGUGCCGCUCAACGCAUCACUUACAGGCAGAGCAGUCGUCUUGCUAGUAUACCCAACGUGCCGGAGAAUAUGGAGGUGGACUCCAACGUGCUCGAGUCCAUGUACGAUCCUGAGCCACUUCGACAGGUUCCUCUGAGCUACCGGUCGCACUUUAAACACCAGUACUUAGUAGAUGCUGCAUGUAACAAGGGAGGAAGACUCGCAGCGAAACAUGUGACGUCUGACCAGGCUGUGGUUACAUCUCUGGAGAUGAAUGGUCGAUACAUUGUGGUUGCGCUGGACAACUCGCGCAUCUACGUCUUUGCCGAAGACGGCCGUUUGAUACACACGCUGUUCGGUCACGUCAUGGGAGUGUGGGCUAUCACAGUUCUGGGAGAUACGCUCGUCAGUGGAGGAUGUGACAGAGAUGUACGAGUGUGGAAUCUCAAGACCGGCGAGUGUUUGCAGAUUCUACGGGGACAUUCGUCAACGGUAAGAUGCCUCAAGAUGGUGGACGAGCGAACAGCCAUUUCUGGUUCACGUGACAACACGUUACGUGUGUGGGACAUCCGAUCUGGUGUGUGCCUUCGUGAGUUGAUUGGUCACGACCUAUCGGUACGAUGCAUCGAGGUGGUGGGUGACAUCUGUGUUUCAGGAAGCUACGAUUUCAAGGCCAAGGUGUGGCGAAUCUCUACAGGCGAGUGUCUGCACACACUCGAGGGCCACUACUCGCAGAUUUACUCGCUCGCGUUUGAUGGAAAGCGUAUUGCAACGGGCUCUCUGGACACCAGUGUGCGUAUCUGGGACGCCGCCACAGGAAAUCUGAUAUUUGUGUUGCAGGGACACACCUCUCUGGUCGGGCAGCUGCAGAUGAAGGACAACACGCUGGUCACUGGUGGCUCAGACGGUGCCAUCAGGGUGUGGGAUCUCGAACAAGGAGCUUGCACUCAGCGACUUGCUGCACACGAUGGGUCUGUGACCUCGUUGCAGUUCUCUGACAACAGAAUUGUGUCUGGAGGCUCUGAUGGGCGUGUGCGAGUGUGGGACAUGGCAUCAGGUCAGUACAUUCGAGAUCUCAGCCAGGCGUUUGACUCGGUGUGGCGGGUGGCAUUCAAGGAGGAAAAGGUUGUAAUUCUGGCGAGCCAACGUCGACAGAUUCACAUGGAGCUCAUCAGCUUCAGCCCUAAAGGUGAAGACAAGGAGGUUGACCCUUUGGAGGAUGGCGUGGUGGUGGAAGACAUUGUUAUGGAAGAGGACGAAUUCAAGUAG